UGACCAAUUCGUCCAUGACAAUGUUGGUUAGUGGUGACUAAGAAUUGGUCAUACUUGGGUGCAGCUCUUGACUUGGUAGUCUUUUCUCUUAGCCAUUUCAUAUAUCUGGAAGAAGAUGAAGAUGAGGGUAGGUUUAGCAAGAAUGGCUACCCUAUUGUCCCUUCAAAUUGCAGUGCUAAUAAAUUGCUUUGUUCUGAGUUUCACUGCAUCCAACAAAUGCUUUGAUGGAGAGAUACAAGCACUCCUCAAGUUUAAGGACAAUCUUUUGGACAAGAAUGACCUUCUCUCUUCUUGGGGAAAUCAAGAAGAAGAAGAAAUGGAUUGCUGCAAUUGGUAUGGAGUAGUGUGUGAUGAAACCACAGGUCAUGUCAUCAAGCUUGAUCUUUCUUCUUUAGAUCUUUCCACAAGAGGUAUGUACCCCAGCCCUCCUCUAUUAAUGGAGUUGCAUGAUUUGAAAAGCUUGGAUCUCAGUAACAACUUGUUGGUUGGCAACACCAUCUCAUCUUUGAUUGGGACCAACAGUUAUUCAAUGAAUCUUGAACAUCUUGAUCUUUCCAACACAACACUGGAAGGCGAAAUUCCAGCCUCCGUUUUUACUUUUCACUCUUUGAAGUCCCUGAACCUUGGAUCAAACCGUCUACACGGGAGUCUGCAUCCCAGUAUUGGCCAACUCUCACAACUUGAGAGUUUAGAUGUUUCAGGUAACCUUUUAGGAGGGGUCAUUUCGGAAGAUCAUUUCCUGAAGCUCUCCAAACUAAGGGACUUGGAUUUCUCUUCUAACAAUCUCACUUUCAAUGUGACCUCCAACUGGGUUCCUCCUUUUGGAUUGACAACAAUAUCCCUUAGUUCUUGCAAGUUGGGCCCUGGUUUCCCAAACUGGCUGAGAACUCAAGUCAAUUAUUCAGUGCUUGAUAUUUCCUAUGCUGGGAUUUCAGAUUCAAUCCCUUCCUGGUUCUGGAACAGAUCAAUACCAAACAUGCUUCAUGUCUUGAAUGCUUCUAACAACCAACUAAGGGGAAGACUUGAAAACAUUUCAAUGUCGAACUUCCCUUAUAUGGAAGUAGACCUCAGUUUCAACCAAUUGGAAGGUCCCAUUCCAGCAUCUUUCUUCAAUGUGUCCACACUGUACCUUUCCAAGAACAAGUUCACAGAACUCAAAGAUAUAUGUGACCUCAAGGGCCGAGCUUGUUUGGUGUUUAUGGAUAUCUCCUUCAAUCAACUUUCGGGUACCCUUCCGGAUUGUUGGUCUAGUUUCAACAGUCUGGCAGUUCUCAACUUGGCACACAACUAUCAUCUGUCGGGCAUACUCCCUACGUCCAUUGGCUCAUUGCUGUCACUCAAGGCGCUGCAUCUUGGCAACAACGAUUUCAUCGGUGGACUGCCUUCGUCCUUGAAGAACUGCUCAGAAUUGGUAGCUAUAGAUGUGGGCCACAAUAGUUUUUCAGGACCCAUACCGAGUUGGAUAGGUGAAAGUCUAGCAAACCUUGCUAUACUUGUCCUAAGAUCCAAUCACUUCAAUGGAAGCAUACCUUCAAGAGUUUGUAGUCUCCAAUCUCUUCAACUGUUGGACUUGUCCAUGAACCGCAUCUCAGGAAGUCUUCCCAAGUGCAUUGGUAAGUUAACUAAAAUGCGUACAGUAGGAAGUGUCAAUGCAGGCAUUUCUUAUCCUAUCCAAAUCCCUACUCCCGGAAAGUUUUCAACUCUUUACACAAGGCGAGAGGAGAAAAUAGAACUUGUAUGGAAAGGAACGGUGCAUGAAUUCAGGAGGACUUUGGGACUUGUAAAGAGCAUUGACCUAUCAUCCAACAUGCUGAGUGACCAAAUUCCAAGUGAUAUCACAACGCUUGUCGGGUUAGUUUCUUUAAAUCUGUCGCGAAACAGUAUAACUGGAGAGAUUCCUCAGGGGAUUGGUGACAUGGGAAACUUGAAUGCUCUUGAUUUGUCAAGUAACCAUUUGUCUGGUGUCAUUCCUCCAAGCCUUGCACUCAUUGACGGCAUUGGUGUUCUAAACAUCUCCAACAACAACUUCUCAGGUGAAGUCCCAAAAGGCACCCAACUUCAGAGCUUUGAUGCAAGUGCAUACAUGGGGAAUCCUGGGCUUUGCGGAGACCCGCUCCCUAAACACUGUCCAGGAGAAGAACAAACCCGUCUUCCUCUUCCUCCUCCUGGAUUUGAUGAAGAAGAGGACACGGAUAAGCUUAUCGGCAACGGGUUUUUCGCAAGCAUGGGUGUUGGAUAUGCAGUUGGAUUUUUAGGCUUUUUUGGGACAACACUCUUCAACAGGUUUUGUAGGUUUGCAUAUACCCAACUCUUGGACGAUUUUGCAAGCUGGACUUGUGUUGUGGCUACUAUAUACAAGGCCAAGGUCGUCAACGUACUUGGAUGUUAACCAAGAGCUUGUAAUGCCAAGGCAAAUAAAGACCAGGAAAGAGA